AUGAAUGAACCAUUAAAUCUAACCGAGAUUGGUAUUCGUUAUCUAUCUAAAUGUUUAUUGCCUAUUGUUGCUAAUGAAAAUGCUUAUAUACCGGAAUUAUCAUGUCUAUCUCAACGUUUAGGCAAUUUAUUACUCAAAACAAUAAUCAAAUUUAGACGAACACAUUCAUCGGAAACAACAGAUUGUUUUCUUUCUCUCUUUAAUAAUGCUGGCCAAAACAAGACAAUAAAAUCAGAAGUACUGAUUCAAUUGAGUGAGCUUUAUUUAAGCUGCUGUCCGUUUAUAACGAAUCAAUCGAUGUCAAAACAUUUACUAUCACAUGAAUUAAUUGAAAUAAUCGAUUUACGUGAUUGUAAUAUAACAUAUGAAAUAUUUCAAUUAAUAACAAAAUAUUUUCCUCGUUUAACAACAUUAUAUCUGGGACAAACUGAGAGUAAAAUGGAUGGAAAAAUAAAUUUAGUUGACUUUUUUCCACCGAAUUCUAUUGAUAAAGAAUGUUUUCUGAAAAAGCCAAAAUUAAAAUAUCUUUCAUUAGAAGGCAUACAUAAUACAAUGAGAAAUGAUUCAGUUGAGGAAAUUUUUUACCAUACACUAAUACAAUCCAGUGAACAAAUACGUUAUGUUGAUUUAUCGAGAAAUUCUGCCAUUGAAAAUUUAAUAUACGUUGAUUGUUUUAAACAAAUACAUUCAUUAGUGCUAUAUGAUAUCCUGCCAAGUGUUAUUGAAUCAUCCAUAGAUUCUAUCUGUUGUUUAAAAACAUUAAGUCUACUUGAUCUAUCAUUUAAUCGACGUAUACAAGAACCACAAAACUAUUCAAAACCAACAAUAACAUUAGCGAAAUUAAUAACAUCACUACCGAAAUUAACAUCUUUAGAUAUUAGCGGAACAAAUUUAGCCGGAUCAUUUUCAUUCGAUCAAGAUGAAGAAUUAAAUUAUAUUAAAAAAGAACUUUCUAUUGAUGAAAACGAAAAUUUCACAAUGCAAGCGAGCAUAGCUGGUUUGCUUGUAUUAAAACAUAAAUUAGACUUUUUGGGACUAUUCGAUGUCGAUGAAAGAGGAUCAGCUAGAAGAUGGUUACCAGCAAAAAAAAUAACUGGUGAGCAUACUGAAGAAAUGAUAAUCACAUCUCUUUCUUAUUAUAUGGAACGGCCAAGUAUGGUAACGCAUAUAAUGGCACAUUUAUUUCGUUUGUACAAUCAUUAUACCAUUCAAAAUCCAUUUGACGCUGGAAAGUUGGUAAUGGAUUGCAUGGCAAUGCAUUUAUACGAUCGUAGUCUUCAAACAUCCGGCAGUGCAUGUUUGUACUAUGUGGUUGAUUUAUUUCAAAAUGAGUCCGACGUAAUGUUAGAAAAAUAUAAUGAUUAUUUAAAACGAUUACUUGUUGCUAUUCUUAAUGCGAUGAGUGCUCAUCUUCAACACUCACCGAUGAUUCGUAAUGGAUUGCUGACUAUAUCUCGGAUGCAAAUGCAUGUACCAAACCAUAUCAUGAGUGCUUUUGAACAAACGGUACUUGUUUUAAUAAGGUUUAUUCAACUUUAUUUAUUUGACUCAGUUGUACACGAACAAAUCUUACUUCACAAUGCUCUAUCCGUACUCAACCAUGUAGCAUGUAGUGUUGAUGGUCAAGAGAAAUUGUUUAUUGGACGUGUCGGUGCUAUCGAAAUUGCUAUGGGAAUCAUUCGUCGUUUCUUAAUGAAAAAAACAAGUUGCGAAAUUGUUGAAGUUGCUUGGACAUUACUGUGGAAUAUAACCGAUGAAACACCUGAGAAUUGUCGACGAUUUAUUGAGGAUAAUGAUGGGUUACAAGUGUUUCAUGAUUGUUUAGACCUAUGGGCGGACAAACGGGAUCUCGUAAGAAAUAUGUUGGGUCUACUAGGAAACGUGGCUGAAGUCCAACUACUCAGACAUUAUUUAGUUACCCCUCAGCAUAUGGAAAAAUUUAGAAUUUUAGUAAAACGAUCACAACAAAACGACAUCGAAAUCCCAUAUAAUUGUGGUGGAAUUCUUGCAAAUAUACUUUCCGAUGGAGUUGAAGCGUGGACAAUCAGUUCAAGUAUUGAACAAUAUAUUGUAAAUCAAGAAAUUUAUGAUGCUACACAAACAUGGGAUUUACAUAAAUCGCGAACAAUUAACUAUCGAUCAUUAGCACCUAUUUUAAGACUGCUGAAUGAAAAUUUUCCAACCGGUUGCAUAAUGUGGGCUGUUUGGGCAAUGACGAAUUUAACUACUGUUCUCCCGGAGAAAUAUUGCACAUUAGUCCGAAGCGAAAAUGGCGAAAUAUUACUAUCUCAAAUUGCAUACAGUGAUAAAAUGAGUGAACCAAUAAAAAAUUUAGCUCAAUCAGCUCUCGCCAACAUCCAUCGUUUUCACGACGCGCCCGUUCCCAUGGAUAUUGUCCCUAACGAUGGAGUUGAGAUUUAA